AUCACGAGCAAAUCAUCGCGAGAACAGUCACCCGGCUCCCGUGGCGUGAAUACGAAAAGUCUGCGUGUUGGUUCUUUUCACACCACAGACCACACUUGCACAAGUCUCAGCCUGGACAAAAGUGUCGCAGUCAUGUCUACCAAAACGGCGGGCUCGAAAAGGAAAUCUGGUGAUGAUUUAGAGUCGACCGACUCUAAGAAAGUAAAAGUUUACCACAGGAGUCAUGGUAAGGAGGCGGGUCAUGUUCUUGUCCUGGGACAAGGCGAUGUUGGACAGCUGGGCUUAGGAGAGGAGAUUUCUCAGAGGAAGAAGCCAGCUUUGUUGACGCUACCGGAAAAAAUUGUACAAGUGACAGCUGGGGGCAUGCACACGGUCUGCCUCAGCGAAACUGGCGUGGUCUAUACGUUUGGUUGCAAUGACGAAGGGGCCCUUGGUCGUGACACAAAAGAAGAAGGUUCUGAGAUGUCUCCAGAUAAAGUAGUGCUGCCAGAGAAGAUUGUCCAGGUGUCAGCAGGAGACAGCCACACAGCCGCACUAACAGAGGAGGGAAUCGUCUAUGUGUGGGGAUCCUUCAGGGAUAAUAAUGGCGUUAUAGGUCUUGUGGAUCCUUUCCAACCAACUCAAGUUCCUCAAAAACUAUCCUUGAUGGAAACUGUUGUGAAAGUUGCAUCAGGUAAUGACCACCUUGUAAUGGUGACGAUGGGGGGAAAUCUUUACACUUCAGGCACUGCAGAACAGGGGCAGCUAGGGCGGGUGCCCGAACAAUUCUCAAACAGAGGAGGCAGGAAAGGCCUUCAUCGAUUGUUGAUUCCUCAGUUGGUAAAAGUCAAAGGGAAAGUUCACUUCAUAGACGCGUUCUGUGGCGCGUACUUUACAUUUGCCGUGACCAAAGAAGGACAUGUGUAUGGAUUCGGCCUCUCAAACUACCACCAGCUGGGUACCAAAAGCACAAAGAUGUGUUUUGUACCAGUAAAACUGACCUCCUUCAAGAAUUCUACCACGUCCUGGGUUGACUUCUCUGGAGGACAACAUCAUACGGUCUGCCUUGACUCUGCAGGACAAGUGUACAGCCUCGGCAGAGCAGAGUAUGGGCGCCUUGGCCUUGGUGAAAUAACUCAAGAGAUAAGUGAGCCCACAGCCAUCAGUGGACUUGAAUCAGCCAGUAGAGUGACAUGUGGAGCAUCAGUCAGCUAUGCUGUCACCAAAGAAGGCUCUGUAUACGCUUGGGGAAUGGGCACAAAUUUACAACUUGGCACGGGUCAGGAGGAUGAUGAAUGGAGCCCUGUGAAAAUGACUGGGAAACAGCUGGAAAACGCCACAGUACUCAUGGUGUCCAGUGGAGGGCAGCACACAGUCCUUUUGGUUAAAGACAAUCAGGAAAGCUGAUGGGUUGCUCAUCAUGUAAUGAUUCUGCAGCUGUGUUCACUGUGCCUAACUAAAAUAGAGUGGAGGAGGGUGAUUGAUGUUUUACUGUGACUUCAAAAUGGCAAAGUAUAAGUGGGGAUGCGAGGUAAAUAAUGGUAAUGGACAUUUUGAGUAGAUCACGAUGAAUGCAAAACUUUUUUUUAUUUUAUUAUUAUUUUUUAAAAUAAAUUCUAUUCCUCAUUUUGCCCUUGGUGCGUUUUCAGUGAAAAGUCAUUUGUAUGACUGUGAGGUGUUUGACUGUUUGUGUGCACAUAAGGGUGUUUUUAAUUAGUUGUCCCAGGCUGGACUUUUAAAAAUGUUUAUUUUCACUUAAGAACAUUAAUUACCAGGCUUUUUGAUUCGGAAAGGAGAUUUCUACCAAUUAUGUUUUGUCAAGCUGCUGUCCAGAGAAAAUACUCAAGUAUUUUCACUUCAUUUGCAUCACUGUUUUGUAUUUUGCUACUGUUCCAGUCUUUAAGAAAAUAAAUUUCAUCAUUUUUCA